AUGCUGGGCAGUGCAGGCCAAGAACAGCCUAGUAAAAAAAGAAAGGUGGGCCGUGUUUUAUCUUUUAUCUCUUUCUCUCUUCCAAUGACCUUCUUCAAUAAACUCAUUGACAAGGCAAAAUCUGCACAUCAGCAAAGUCAUUGCAACAGCAGCGAAUCCAACGCGAUACAUAGUUGCUCUUCUACUGUUCAACAACCAUCAACUCCUGCUCCAACUCCUACCAAGGAACUAUCCAAUACACUCGCGCAUACAAACAUUGUCAACCAUUCAAGCAGUGAUAUUAGUCAACAACAACAGCAGCAGCAACAGCAACAACAACAACAACAACAAUCCGUUAACGAUAGUAGCUCGACAUUGCCCUCGAAUGGAUUAACGACGCCACCAGCACAUCCCGAUAUGAAUCAAUCAUCAUCAUGCGAUGAAGAUACGAGAAUGAGUGUGGAUAAUGCAGAUCAAUUGAACGAGCGAGUAAAGAAGGAACCCGCCUCCUCUUCCGAAGAUGAUUCAUUACUACGAGUGAAGGCGAAACAAGCAAAAGAAGAACAACCCUCCAAAAGCGGUGAACAGCAGCAACAACAACAACAACGCUCGUCAUUACGAUCAGUUCCUUCUUAUGUCUCCAUGUACAAUGAUCGAUCCAUCAUUCAGCAACGACAAAAUCGACCCAAGCUUAAGCUAUCGGAUUUUCAUAUUCGGCGUACGCUUGGUACAGGAUCCUUUGGACGCGUUCACCUCGUUCAAUCUUGCGUCAAUGCUCGAUAUUAUGCCAUCAAAGUGCUUAAAAAGUCCGAAGUGGUUCGACUGAAACAAGUGGCCCACUCGAACAAUGAAAAGCAUAUCCUAGAAAUCGUGGCCCAUCCUUUCUUGGUCAACAUGUGGGGUACAUUUCAAGAUGAUAUCAAUCUAUACAUGGUCAUGGAUUAUGUGCCAGGUGGUGAACUCUUCUCGAUAUUACGUCGUUCUAAGCGCUUUCCGGAUCAUGUGGCCAAGUUUUAUGCAGCCGAGGUUCUAUUGGCGAUUGAAUACUUGCAUUCAAAGGAUGUCAUUUACCGCGACUUGAAGCCUGAAAAUUUAUUGCUUGAUUCUCAAGGUCAUAUCAAGAUCAUUGAUUUUGGAUUUGCAAAGCAUGUACCUGAUAUCACUUGGACAUUAUGCGGGACGCCAGACUACUUGGCACCAGAGAUUAUCCAAUCCAAAGGUUAUGGUAAAGCAGCUGACUGGUGGAGUCUCGGUGUAUUGAUAUUUGAGAUGCUAGCUGGAUAUCCACCGUUCUAUCAUGAAGACCAUCUCAAGCUAUACGAGAAGAUUUUGCAGGGCAAGCUUCGCUGGCCUCAACAUUUUGACCCUGUCGCCAAAGAUUUAUUGAAACGGCUACUGACGGCUGAUCUCUCGAAGCGAUUCGGUAAUCUAAAAGGAGGUGCGAAUGAUAUCAAACACCAUGAAUGGUUCGCCAAUGUGGAUUUCAAUCGAUUACUUGCUCGCCAAAUACGAGCGCCGUAUAUACCACACAUACGCGGUGAUGGAGAUGCCAGUCAUUUUGAUCGAUACCCUGAGAUCCAAGAACAAUACGGCAUGACCACAAACGCAGAAGACCCUUACCGCCACCUGUUUCCCGAUUUCUGA